CCUUUCCCGGCCAUGGCGUUUUUGCCCUUCUUGUUGCUGGUUCCGGCCCUCCUCAGUUUCCUUUUCACCUUUGGGACCGGCGUGGAGCUGAUCCGCUUCAUUUCGCUCCGCGCGCUGUUCGUGCAGCAGCCUGCGGGGGCUGGCGCCCCCCAACACAGAGCCGAUCCUGCUCCCAGUUAUGAAUGGAGAGCUGUCCUCAGGGACCCUAACAUUGUGCACCCGCUAAUGAUGGAUGUGGGCCUGAUAGUUCUCUUCAUCCUGCAGCACAGUCUUAUGGCCACCGAGCGGGUGAAGCGCUGGACCAGCAGCUGUUUGGGAGUCCUGCAGAGAUCUUUUUAUGUCUUCUGCACAGCCCUGGCCCUCCAGUUACUGAUGAGGUACUGGCAGCCAGUACCAGAUGGUCCCACUCUCUGGAAUGCCCACACGGAACCCUGGGUCACCUGGAUUCCGCUCAUCUGCUUCAUCCUCCACUUCAUUGCCUGGCUGGUCAUCUUUAGCAUCGUUCUCAUCUUCGACUAUGCUGAGCUGAUGGGGAUCAAACAGGUUUAUUACCACUGCCUGGGCAUGGGAGACCCAUUGGCAGUGAAGUCCACCCGUGCCGUCCGCCUCUACUCCCACCUUCGCCACCCUGUGUACCUGGAGUUCCUCCUCCUCCUCUGGGGCGUUCCCUGCCUCUCUCUUGACCGCCUGCUCCUUGCCUUGCUCUUCACGGCCUACCUUACCUGCGCCCACAGCCUUGACCAACAAGACUACCUCUACUUGCGUGCACAGCUUGACAAGAAGUUUCAGGUCUUCUCCCGAGAGGAGGCAGCCUAUGGCGACCUGCUGGCUCAAAAUGGCCCCUCGACCUACAAGGAGAACUGAAGAAAGGUCCCAGUAUGGUGGCUGUUACAGCUUGCCAGGCUAUGGCAGACUGGUACCCUGCUCUCCCCCCAUGCUCAAGCAUUGAAUGAUGUAAUGUGUUCAGUCUUCCUCUGUUCUUUAUGCACUGAAGUUCGAGCGGCCUACAAAGAGAACCCAGGAGUUCUGGCUUCCAGCACUCUUCCUUGCUUUGACCUACUGCAGCAUGUAGACAGAGUUGUAGUUCACGGCACAGAAUCUACUAGUCCUUUAUGGACGAGUUUGAAACUCAGGCUGUCUGGUUUUGUCUCCCGAGUUUGGGAGAAAGAACGGUAUGCAGAGGGUUAAAAUUAUGUGUUUACGGUGCAGAGUUUUGUCACACGCUCUGGGGAAAAGAGUAGGGUUUAGAUUACAGCAGAUGGUGUCUGACUAGGGUUGCCAAUAUCUUUUUUCUGGAAGGUUCAUGUGUCUUUAACAGCUGCAUGCCAACCUGGAAUCAUACAGGCAACAUGCUCCUCAUCUGUAUCUGAUAGAUUUCUGUUGCAGAUGUUACGGCACAGGAGUUUUGCCAAUACAAAAGCUGGCAACCCAGUAUUUUCCAAUUCUGUGUAGUUAAGCUUUGGCCCAAAAAAACUUUGCGGUGGAGAUUGUGCCAAGAUGAUUUUUAAAGCAUAACGUUCUAAUUUCAGAACCGAGCUAGAAUUGUUCUUAAAUGAUAGGAGUCUGGAGAACUUGUGAAAUAGCCCGUGAGGUUUACUUUUAGAUAAUUCGUAUCCUUCUGGCAUAAAGGCUCCAAAACCUUGAUUAAUCUCCAGUCCACCUGCUUGUUUUUCCUUUUAGUCACUUCAUUCUUAGCCGUACCAUUGGGCACCCUUGACUCAAAAGUUGAGGCCUAGUUGCAUCACAGGGGGAAAUGGCUUCAAAGGGUAAAUGUCCCAAUUGUGUCCACACUGGGGAUGAGUUAUCCUUUAAGCCCUACUCGUUGGAAUGAUUUUUUUUUAAAAAAAACAACUUCAAAAUUAUUGGAAA